AUGCCUUUGGAACUAGAAGGUACGAGCGAUACUCCUAUUGAUGAUGAUCAAGAUGUGUUUUCUCCUUAUCAGGAUCUUUCAGAUUUAAGAGUGUCUCUUAUCGGUAACAAGGAUCUUAAAUUCAAAUUGGUAGGAGAUAUUAGAUUCAUCAAACAGUUGGUGGAUGAGUUCAAUAGUCUGAUCUUAACUAUUAUCUCGCCAGCUUCUUCAUCAGCAUCUGUUACAUCUCCAACUUCCACAUCAUCUCCCUCUAAUAUCUUUAAGGAUUGUCAGUUUUUACAAGAAUUAGAAAAGAGAGCAGUGAUUAUUAAUAUCCUUUGUUCAUUCAUCACAGAAGUUAAUACUAAGAAGUACUCUAAUAUCACUAUAUGCUUAGAAUCAUUAGAGAAGGUGAUCAAUCCUAUUAUUGAAUUAUUAAACUAUUUCAUUCGUAAAUUCAUUACUAAUAUCGAUUAUCAACAAACGAUUCAAUAUCAACAAUUAUUACAAAAUAUUGAAAAUUUAAUGAAUUAUUGUUUGGAUAUCUUUUUAUCUCUUUCAAAUAUUAGAAAUCAUAAUAUUGAUUCUGAAAAAUUAUGGAGAUUCAUUACUUCUUUAUUAAUCAUUACUGAUUAUACUAAUAAUAGUAAUGCUACAACUCAUCAACCUUCAAGUCUUGUCAUUGAUACGUCAUUGUUAAUUAAACUGUUGAAAUUGAUUCCGAUAUUAUUAUCAGCUAAUAGAUUAUCCACUAAUUGUCUUAUGACUUUGAUAACUGCUGUUUUGAAACGUCUUUCAAAUGAAUGUAAUGUGAUUAUUGAUAGUCAUUUCCCUCAAAUUUCUCAAGAUACUGAUAUCUUACAUCAAUUGGCAUUUGAAGAUGUGAACUUACCAAAUAUUGAAUUAAAUAAAACCAUCUUAAAAUCAAAAGUGAAUUUGAAUUUAUUAGUGGAAUUAAUGACUUGUACAGCUCAAAUCUUUAGUUACCUGAAACAAAAGGAUUAUUCGGUAUUAUUGACCUCAUCAUCAAGUUCAAGUUCAAGUUCAAAGAUUUCGGCGGUAGUAUUAUCAGUUAAAGUAUAUCUUUCAUUACUAUUAUUAGUCAAAUAUGAUGAUAAUCGAAGAUUAAGUUUAAUCGCUUUAAAUUUGAUUAGUUUUUAUCUUAAUAAUUUAAGACCAUCCAAUGAAAUUGAUGAUCAAUUGAUAUUUAAAAAUUAUAAGAAAUUGUUUCCAAAGAUUAUUGAAAUGUUAGAUUUAGAAGAUGAUUCAAGUUUUAUAAAUAGUCUUACUUCGAAUGGUAAGUCUGAUCUGUCUAAGAAUGCGAUUAAAAAGAUUCCUAAUCAAUUACCAGCACCAGUUUCGAGUAAUAUCAUCUUACCCAUGUAUUUAUAUUCACCAGCUCGAAUUUUAUCUGAUUUAUGUGCACAAUAUCCUUUAUUAAAUGAUAAGAUUAAAGAUUCAAAUGUUGAUCUUAAAAUAGUUAAGAAAUUAGAAAUUCAAUUUAAACAAAGUCAAUUAUUAAAAAUUCUUAAAAUCUUAAAGAAAAAUUCAAAACAUGGUAAAGUUAUAGUUGAUUUUACAAUCUUAUUAAGUAUUUUAAAUGAUGAAGAUAAUGAAAUUGCUGAUCUUUUAUUAUUAUUGAGUGUUUAUACUUCUACCAUUGAUGAAUAUAAAACUCGAGUUAUAUCUGAUCCUAAUGAUAUUCAUAAACGAAAUGGUAUCAUUCAAAUCGUAUUUGAUAUCGUGGAUAAUUUUAAUUUCUUAUUAUCCCAAAUUGAAUUAAUUUAUAAAAUUUUAAAACAUAAAUCAUCAUCAUCCAUCCUUCAAAAUGAUGCUCCUUGGUUUGGAAGAAAUUUAGGUAUGAUUAUGGCUAUUGUUGAUAAUCCAAUUCAUACCAAUUGUUUAUAUUUCAUUCGCUCAUUAUCGCGAGCUUUGAAGCAAAUGAGAACAUUCUUUGUGGAAUGUAAUAGUUUAAAAAGUACCUUAAAUGAUGAUGCUUCGAAAAAGACCAAUGGAGGAUUAAUGUCUAAUUUAUUACAAAUUUUAAAAUCCUUUGAAAAUAUUGAUAUUAUUAAUAAUUUCUUAAAUAAUCGAUAUUUAAAAAUUGAUCAAGAUAUUGAUUUAGUUGAUAAAAGAAGUAAAUUCAAUCAAUGUCAAAUUAUAAAUAAAUCACUUAUCCUUUGUUUAUUUGCUAAUUUGGUGUUAGAAUUUAGUUCAUUCAAACCUAUCAUUGUCAAUAGUAAUAGUUUCUUACCCAGUUUAGAAACAAUUUAUCGUCGUCAUAAUAAUGUUGAUAAACGUAGAGUUAAAUAUUCGAUUUCCGAUAUUUAUCGUGCUAAUACGAUUCAAUUGAACGUAUUACAAAUCUUAAGAAGUUAUAUGUAUAAUGAAACCAAUGUGAAUAAGAAGGAUGUCUUAUCAUAUUUCCCCUUGGAUGAAAUUUUACUUAAUACCCUAUAUGGAUUAAUUUUUGAUGAUGCAAAUGAAAGUGAACAUUAUAUUAAUGAGAAUAAUGAAGAUGAAGAUGAAUCAACGAAGAAAUUAUUACAAGAAUUAAGACAUUUGAAAUUAAAAAAGAAAUUAAGAGCAUUUAAUAUUAUUAGAAAUUAUACGGCUGGAUCACCUAAUUUUAAUAAUAAUUUAAUUGAAAAUUAUGAAACUUUAUUCAUUAAAAAGUAUCCUCAAUAUAAAUUACCUUCUAAAUGGCAUGAAUUUUUAAUAUUAAAUCUUACUAGUAUUAAUAUCUUUCCUGAACGAAAGAAAUAUGAUAUUGAAGAGAAGAAUAUUUAUGAUGAUGAAUAUCUUAGUCGAUUAUUACUUAAUCGAGAUUUUGUGGAAUUAAUAGUGGAAAUUAAUUAUAUUGAAGAUAAUAGAUAUAUGCUGUUACAAGUGAUUCAUAAAGAUUUAUUUCCUCAUGAAAAAUUAUUAAAGAUUUGGUUAAGAUUAUUAUCAUUUCAAAUUUCAAAGAAAGUUUCAAAUAAAUUAAGUUUAAAUGAAAAAAUUACUGUUAAUGAUAAUUUAAGUGAGAUUAAAUUAUCUAUUGUGGGUAUUAUUGUGAAUUUAACCUGGAGACAUUCUACAUACUCGUUUAAAGUUCAUGAUACUAUGAGUUAUAGAUUAUUUGAUUCAGUACAAGGUUCACAAUUAGUAGUUGGUACUGGUACUGGAGUUGGAUCAACCACCACAGGUGGUGGAAAUAAUAGACGACUUUUAUUAGAAGAUACAAGUGAGGAAGUGAAAGGGAAUGAAACUGCGGAUAAAAUUGAAGGAUCUACACCUGAAAAGAAUGCAGAUGAAUUAACGGUUAAAGAUCGAGCUGAAAUCUUACAAAAAUAUGGAUUUGAAGAUGUGAUUAUUCGAUUAAUAACUCAAUCAGGUAAGGAUUCGUUAGGUAAUAAUAUUCAUAAAUCGAAACAUAAAGGAAUCAUUGGUAUUGAAGAUCUUAAACGAUUUGAUGUAUUUAAUAGUCAUAAUCUUUUAGAAAAAUUACGGACUGCAGAAUCUCAAAUCUCAUCAUUAUUAUAUCGAGGUGGACAAAUGGUUUCAAGUCAAUCACGAAUGUUGAAAUUAAGUGAAUCAGGAGAUUGUGAUAGUGGUAGUGGUAGAAGAUUAAGAGGAGUCGGUAGUAGUAGUGUUCCAACUACUGCUACUGUAGGAAGAUUUGGACCUGAUGUUAAUAGAGGAGGAGAAGGAUAUGGAUAUGGAUCAGAUGAUGAAUAUGGUCAAGAUGAUGAUGAGGAAGAUGAUGAUGCGAAUGUUGAAGAUUAUACUGAUGAUGAUGAAGAAGGAGAAGAAGAUGAAGAGGAAGAUGAAGAAGCCGUAGUUGAUGACGAUGAAGAAGAAGAGGAAGAAGAAGCAAAUCGGAGAUACUUAAUAUCAUGAGUUAUAUAUAUAUAACAUACAUAGAUAUAAAGAAAUUAUAAACGAAUGAAAUGAAAUGAAUAUAUAAAUAUAUAUAUAUAAUAUGAUAUCAUAUAAUAUCUUUAAAUCUGCACUAUGCAGAAGUACAUUGUAGCGAGAGCAAGC